CGGAGUUUUAAUGUCCGCCAUGUUGGCCAUGGCGUAUUGAAGAGGGAGGGAGAGACUGGCCCACAGGAGCACACAGACUCCCACCAAACCACCCCCCAAACUGAGCCACGGGCACCGGGAGUGCCAGGAUAAGCGCCCUGUCUAAUAUUAAUCAUUAUUAUCGGAACAACAAGGCUGGCGGGGAGGCAGCGAGGGGGGGCGCGGAGAGAGCUCCAUGAGAGCGCGGCACGGGAGAUUUUCCCCGCUCGUCGGUCGCAUGGCUCGCUGCUAGACACACCAUGAGUAAAUUAUCGUUCCGGGCGCGGGCGCUGGACGCGUCCAAACCGUUACCCGUCUUCCGCUGCGAGGAUUUACCGGACUUGCACGAGUAUGCCUCCAUCAACCGGGCCGUGCCGCAGAUGCCGACGGGCAUGGAGAAGGAAGAGGAGUCGGAACAUCAUCUCCAGCGAGCCAUUUCAGCACUGCAGGUGUAUGGAGAGAAAAGGGAUAACAUGGUUAUUCCUGUUCCAGAGGCAGAAAGUAACAUUGCAUAUUAUGAAUCUGUAUACCCAGGGGAAUUUAAGAUGCCAAAGCAGCUUAUUCACAUACAGCCUUUUAGUUUGGAUGCUGAACAGCCAGAUUAUGACUUGGAUGCUGAAGAUGAUGCCUUUCUGAAUAAGCUGAAAAAGAAAAUGGAUAUCUCUUCACUCCAGUUUGAAGAGAUGGUUGAUCGAUUAGAAAAGGGCAGUGGGCAGCAGCCAGUUAAUCUCCAAGAGGCCAAACUCUUGUUAAAAGAAGAUGAUGAGUUGAUUACUGAAGUAUAUGACUAUUGGAUUAAGAAACGGAAAAACAGCCGUGCCUCCUCUGUCAUACCAACAGUUAAACAGGAGAAGCGAGAUGGCUCCAGCACCAGUGAUCCUUAUGUAGCCUUUAGACGGCGUACAGAAAAAAUGCAAACAAGAAAGAAUCGAAAGAAUGACGAAGCUUCAUAUGAAAAAAUGCUGAAGUUACGUCGGGAUCUCAGUCGGGCUGUCACUAUACUAGAAAUGAUAAAAAGGAGAGAAAAGAGCAAGCGGGAAUUGCUUCAUUUAACACUGGAAAUAAUGGAAAAGAGGUAUAACUUAGGGGACUUUAAUGGCGAAAUUCUAUCAGAGGUUAUGGCACAUCGUCAACCAUUGAAGCCCACCUAUACUAUCCCCCUCAUGCCUAUUUCUCCUAUUCCAUUUUUACAUAAAGAAACAAUAGAUAUUAAAGUUAAUAAGCAAGAAAAAUCUGAUGCUGUUCGACCGAAAAGAAAAUAUGAGAAGAAGCCCAAAGUCUUACCUGCUGCUCAACAGACAAGUCCUGCUGCACUGCCAGUGUUUAAUGCUAAGGAUCUGAAUCAGUAUGACUUUCCCAGCUCUGAUGAUGAACCUCUCUCCCAGGUCAUGUCUGGCUCCUCAGAGGCUGAGGAAGAAAAUGAUCCAGAUGGUCCAUUUGCUUUCCGUAGGAAAGCUGGCUGUAAUUACUAUGCUCCACAUUUGGACCAAACUGGCAACUGGCCAUGGUGUAGUCCUGAGGAAGGAGGUCUUGGAGAAAUUCGCUAUAGAUACUGCCUCACUACUCUCACUGUUCCCCGCAAGUGUAUUGGAUUUGCGCGAAGACGGGUUGGACGUGGUGGAAGGGUGCUCCUUGACAGAGCCCAUUCAGACUACAAUAGUGCUUUUCAUCAGCUGGACGUUGAUAUGCUUUCCUCUUCAGAACACUCUUCAAUCAAUUCAUUUGCCAAUACCUCAGAAACGAAUACCUCGGAUAAAAGUUUCUCUAAAGACCUCAGCCAGAUAUUAGUCAAUAUUAAAUCAUGUAGGUGGCGCCAUUUUAGGCCUCGGACAACAUCCCUACAUGAAAGUGACAUUAAUGACUACUCCUAUAGAACGUUUCACAAGGGUAUAACUCGAACAGGCGCAGCACAACCUGGAACCCAGUCUUGUAGUACCUCGACAUCAAGUAAAAGUAGCAGUGGUUCAGCACACUUUGCAUUUACAGCCGAACAAUACCAGCAACAUCAACAACAAUUGGCACUAAUGCAGAAACAGCAGCUUGCUCAAAUCCAUCAGCAGCAGGCAAAUAAUAACUCUUCUGCCAACGCAUCACAGGUACUUUUUUUUUUUUUUACUAUGUGCCACUGUUUAUGGGAAUACUGAACAAAUUCACUUCUAAAAAGUAUAUUUUAGGAAAUUGAAGGGAAUGGAGCAGCAUUAUUAUAUGUAGGCUGCAUCUGGUCCUCCAAAAGGGUGGUAGAGCGAGUAGUACUAUCAAUUGUUCACCCUUUACAUAUUUUAUCUACUGCAAUUUCAGAACUGCACCCCAUGUAGUGAUUUCAGCACUGCUGCUUUUGGUGCUUAUUGCAAGCCUGCUACUGCCCACAAUCAGAUGUAGGUUUUUUUUUUUUAUAUUCUAUAUAGCACUGCUUAUGUACGCAGCACUCUGUGUAUACAUACAUAUGCAAUAUCUACAAGGAAAGCUGGAACACCUGGGUGCGAUCAGCCAAUAAUCCAUUAUCCAAAACAUACCAUACUUUGAUGAACUCAUAGGUGCUUUAAAAUAUGUAUUGUUUAGUUCAAUGUUUGCCUGGAUUUCAAGCUUUUUUUCAAGGUGAAAUGCGCAGUAUAACAUUCUUCUAUAAUCCCUAAAAAUAGUAAAAAACCAAAUUAGUAAUGUCAUGACCUCAUCAGAGUGAGCCCACAACCAGUAUGUUAAGGGAAACAAAAAAGCACAACUUACAGCAUUUGAUAGUGACAGAAUAUACAAAAUGUUUUCCCCAUCCCAAUUGCCUGUACCUCUAGUGGGGGAAGCAAUUUUUGAGGUAUAGGUGCCCUUUAACUGGGAUCCAGAUAGAACGCUAUUUUCACUUUUGGCUGUGGUAAGCUCGUAAAAGAGUUUGAGAAACCCUUUUUUAUAAUAACGAUAAAUCACAAGUGGCAGCUGCAUGACAGUUAGUGCAUAGGCAUCUAGCUUUUAUAAUUGUUUUAGAACUAUUUUUUUUAUGUUUUUAUAUGCAUACAAAGGGUUUUAUUUCAAAGACAUUAGAUUCUGCAAGCGCUCAAUUUGCUGCUACAGCUUUGAUGACGUCAGAACAGCUGUUGGCCUUCAAAAUGAAGGAUGACGUAGUCCUUGGAAUUGGAGUGAAUGGCAUCCUUCAAUCCUCAGGUGGGUGGCGUUCUAGUAAUCUACAUGUAACUGAGCAACUGGACUUGUUACUGCUUGCACAGUUGGCAGUUUAUUACAAAUAUUAGUCAUACAAAUAUCCUGUGCUCAUUAGGUGAAUGGACAGCAGGAAGUACAGCUACAAACUCUAGGUUGUGCCUGUGUGUAUAAUAAAUUUCCAUGUGAAACCCCACUCUUAUUGGGGGGCACAAUUAAACUCUUAAGUUUACAAAUAUAUUCUUUUCAAAUUUUCUCUUGUAAAAGUUUUAAAAAUUGGUCCUAAAAAAUCAAAUAGGAAUUGAUUUUCUCAUUAACUGCUGUUUAAACAUGUUCUGUUUCUUUUAGGUUUUUAAUUGCACUUUAUUUGCUUUACCCCGCAGGAGUAUACAAGGGCUUACACCUCAGUAGUAAUACACCCGCAGCACUUGUACAUACAAGUCAAACAUCAUCAACUGGUUCAGCCUUGCUACAGCCUUCCAAUAUUACACAGACUGCUAGUUCCCACAGCGCUCUGAGUCACCAAGGAACUGCUGUCAAUUCUGCAACAACUCAGGUCCUGAUUGGGAAUAGCAUCCGAUUGACUGUACCCUCCUCCGUUGCCACUGUAAACUCUAUUAACACCCUCAAUGCACGCCAUUUACCUAGGACUUUAAGUGCUGUUCCUUCGUCUGCCUUAAAGCUGGCUGCAGCAGCAGCAGCAAAUUGUCAGGUACCCAAGAUUCCAGCAGCAUCUUCUGUGGAUGCAGUACCAAGGUAAGAGAGGAUGGGCUGUCAUAUUAUUUUUUUAAUAGAAUAUUGAUCUAACCAAUGACUGUGUUAUGUGGAGCCUUUAAGGGGACCUGCCAUGUUAGUUCAGCAAAAUACAUUUUAUUUACACUACAUAAAUUAUAUAAAUCCUGUUUCUCUCUGUCUUGCAAGUACACAAUCAGGCCAGCACCAUUUUGUAAUCAGUUAUUAAGACAAGCCCUGCAUCUUCCAAAAAUCUUGUCACAAUCUGGCACCUGAUGCCCAUGUACGAGAUAGAUAAAUGCAAUGAUAUCUAGGAAGUGUUGAAUGGAAAGUGAAAGUUAUUCCCUGUGAGGACAGUCAAUAUAUGAUUGGACAGCUCAGAUCUUUAAAUACAUUUAUAGCAGGGAAAACCAUGAAACAGAAAAGCCAGCAUUGAACAGUAUAACAGACAACACAGUAGCUAUGGAGGUGACGUAGUUUCCACAGGAAUGGGACUGCAGCCUUUGGAACUUGUCUAGGUGCUAUGCAUCGGUAGCAUUAUGAAUGCAAGGGAUGGUGGGAAGCAGCACACUGCGUUUCCGUGGCAGCUGUGGGGACUCAACAGCAAUGCACAUCUCUCAUGCUUUGAUUUUAUUUUUUUUUGUACUGUUAAUUGCUGUAUUCAUAAUUUACAGAUGUUUAUUUCUUUCCUAUUAUCUGUACAGUACUGCAUAUUUGUAAUACCCUUGUAUAUAUGUUACUUGAAUACAGAACUGUUCAUUUGUGAUGCUUUGCACUGGGGGGGGAGGGGAAACGGGAAACAAACUGCAACAAAGUAAGAGUGUGAGGUUGUAUAGCGAUGAGAAGUGUCAUCACAUCAUAUGCAUGGUGCGGAACCUGCUGUUUUAUCUAUUUAUUGUGCCGUGUUUACAGUUUUUUGUACACUGUACCUUCAUUGGUUCCUGUGCUGUAGUAAAUGUGUUAGGUAGCUGUGGACUCCUUGGUAUUUUGUAAAUGGUAUAACAUAACUUGGUUCCUCGCUGGGCCCCUGAGUUUUCUGUGUAUCGUGAAAAAAAAAUGGUGACAUACAUACAGAAAUUUGAGAAAUGGCAACAUUUAUAAGUGGAGAAUGUACAAUGUAAUAGGGAUCUUCUGUUCUAAUAUCACAAGUUACAAGAUAAUAAUGAAGUCUCUUGAAUCUUCCCAUUCACCUGUACAUCACGUGGGUGGUUUCUGGUACUUCAGGCACUUAGGUUUUGUUGCUGCUUUACAAACAAAAACCCGUCCUGCCCCAUUUCCUCCUACACCAAAAAAGUGUUAAAUCAAGUAUGCAAAUGGAGUCCAUACAACUGGAGUUUUUUUUUUUUUUUUUUAUGUUGUCUGCCCUUUUUUAAAAAAAAUGGAAAAAAAAAAACCUCUAAAAAUUAUUUUUUUAUCGUGUAACUGUUAAAGACUUCAUUCUUUACUUGUUCUUAAGAAAGGGAUAUAAGGGAGAAGAAUGCAGUAAUUGCUGUACGUGUAUCAUCAUUCCAGUUUCAGAAACAGCCAGUUUUUUGGGUUUCUUUUUUUUUCUUUUCCUUUUUACAACUCUCCAGAAGGCUGAAAGGCCAGAACCACAACUAUCGGGUGCCUUCCUUUGGAAAUAUUUGACUUCUCUUCUGUGAAGAGAGUGGUACAUUACAGACUACUAAUGUUAUGUCAGUACCGAAGUCUGAAUGACCGCACCAAUGGCAUACAUUAUUAUCCUUGAGGUUUUUAAUCCCGCCUGGAAAGAAAUUGUGACUGAAAUCUCACAAAAUAAACCCAGGGCAUUACAUGUUGACAAACAAUACGUGGUGAUGUUUCUUUUUUUCUGUACUGAUUUCAGCUCUGAGUUCAUUGUCAAGUUUAUUUAAUGUUCUGCACUUGUUUUCCUAAAUGAAAGGAAGGAGAAGCUCCCACUAAAUUAAGGAAAAAAAAUUAAAGGAAAUAAAACAGA